UAUCUCGAGUAGUUCUUCGGUGGUUGUGUUCGUCCGGUUUUCCCGUGAUUUUUUCCGAUCUUGAAGGAUCCCGGUUACUGCUACUCCGACAAAAAGACGCGAUGUCGAUGGCUGGGUACUAAACCAAUUUGGAGCUGACUGGAGAAGAAUCUAGUCGCGCUCAUUCCAAUCACUGUUGAGUAUCAGCCAGUAAACACACGCGAGGAUCAUGAAAAUGGUGCUGUCUCAACGUCAGAGGGAGGAGUUAAAUAAGGCGAUCGCGGACUACCUCAGCACCAAUGGCUACCAAGAUGCCCUCGAGGCGUUCAAGAAGGAAGCAGAUAUGCCCGGAGAGGUGGAGAGAAAAUACGGGGGUCUUUUGGAGAAGAAAUGGACCUCGGUGAUACGCUUGCAGAAGAAGGUAAUGGAAUUGGAAUCGAAACUUUCUGAAGCAGAGAAAGAGUUCAUUGAGGGUGCACCGACACGCAGCAAAAGAUCACCGGCCGAGUGGAUACCAAGGCCACCCGAAAAAUUUACUCUCACUGGACACAGAGCUCCCAUCAACAGAGUUAUUUUUCAUCCGGUUUUUAGUCUCAUAGUGUCUGCCAGCGAAGAUGCCACAAUUAAGGUGUGGGACUUCGAAAGCGGUGAAUUCGAGAGAACAUUGAAAGGACACACCGACAGCGUACAGGAUGUUUCAUUCGACGUCUCCGGGAAACUGUUAGUCUCAUGCAGUGCGGACAUGUCUAUUAAAUUGUGGGACUUUCACCAGUCAUUCGCCUGCGUGAAAACCAUGCACGGACAUGAUCACAGUGUCAGCUCUGUCGCAUUUGUGCCACAAGGGGAUUUCGUAGUGAGCGCCUCUAGGGAUAAGACCAUAAAAAUCUGGGAAGUUGCGACGGGUUAUUGUGUUAAGACGUUGACGGGACACAGAGAAUGGGUGCGGAUGGCGAGAGUCAGUCCCUGUGGCGAGCUGAUCGCUAGCUGCUCAAACGACCAAACAGUGCGGGUUUGGCACGUGGCGACGAAGGAAACAAAGGUUGAACUUAGAGACCAUGACCAUGUGGUGGAGUGCAUCGCAUGGGCACCGGAUACCGCAAGAGCCUCAAUCAACGCUGCAGCAGGGGCUGAUAACAAGGGAGCUCACGAAGGACCCUUCCUCGCGUCUGGUUCGCGGGACAAAGUAAUCCGCGUGUGGGAUGUCGGCGCUGGCGUCUGUCUGUUUGCUCUCCUGGGACACGACAACUGGGUGCGCGGAAUCGUUUUCCAUCCCGGUGGCAAGUUUAUCGUCAGUGCCUCUGACGAUAAAACACUGCGAGUCUGGGACACGCGCAACAAGCGGGCGAUGAAAACACUCGAGGCGCAUGUCCACUUCUGCACCUCCGUUGAUUUUCACAAAAGCCAUCCUUAUGUGGUCACCGGUAGCGUCGACCAAACGGUGAAGAUCUGGGAGUGCCGCUAGUCACCAAACCAUGUCAGGGUCUCGUUGAACCUUCGUCGAGGAAGACAGAGAUUGUGGAAAGAAGGCGAACGAUGCGCAUCGAAUUCCGAUGGAGAUAAAAACAAAAAGCAAAAAGAAGUAAAACGGCCGAAAGAGUAAGCUGCUGCAAAUUUGAGAAAAAAAAAGUUAUCGUACAUACUACUAUUAUUAAUAUUAAUAUUAUUAUACACACAUAAACACGUACGGUUAAGAGCUCUUUAAUUAAUUUAUAAUAAAGUAUAAUUAAUAAUUAUUAAUAUUAUAUGUACGUUUUACGGUAACGAACUGCACGAUUCGAGGAGAGUCGGUCAAAAUGAUAAUUAGCUUUCUGUCGCGAGGAGGACAUUGCCAUGAAAUUCGUCGAUCGCUGACAAGCCCCUCGAGCGAGCAAAAAUGAAAUUGCGAUCUUCGAAGCUGAUCGUUCGCAGUUAAUCGUUACGCAGCGAAGCAUCUUUUUCUGGUUCGUUCGUACGCGUCGUCCUCCUCCUUCAUCCUCCUUCGAUACGUCACUCGGUCUCGUUUGCUGCGCUGAUCUCUCCUCGAGCGUUCUUGACGAUGUGAAGUCGGAAAAAUGACGCCAAUUAAAAAUGUCAAUCGACAUAGAAGAGACACAACAUGGACAAACAGAAGACAAAUACGCGGCGUCAUUACUUACCGUGUACUGAACGUCGGCUAAUGUAUCCAACGCUGGUCGAGUGACAUAUGGUUCAUAUACCAGGAGCCAAGACAUACGAUGUAAACGUUCGUAA